AUGUUGCGCAUCUUCUCCCCUCAAGGGACUCCUUUGUCCCUUCGUUGCGUGUUGCCCAUAUUCGUUGCCCUUGUUGAUCGCCUUCGGACGAAUGGGACAAGACCUAUCAUCCCCAGUGUCGUUCGUUGGUCGCCCUUGUUGGUCGCCUUUGGACCAAUGGGGCAGGAUGCUCGCUCACCCCCGGACAACACAUCAUCGCGCGCUCUUGACAUGGUUUUCAACCCUCGUCAGGAGACGUUUGACUCCUUCGGGAGGCUCAGGUCCCCUGGUGGUUCUGCCCCGCUUUCGGCUUUCCAAACACCUCCAGACAGCGGACGCAAGAACGGCAGCCAAGAUCAACAGAUACAUGACAGCAAGCAGCGCCGAUGCUUUCUGCUGCCGGGUGAGCCUUAUCUCAUCCCCGGACCCGUCUGCGAAGACGGUGAAGCAUACACAGUAUCUACGAUCGGCGAAGUUGAUGCGAUUGGCGUGGCGGCUCGCAAAGCGAGAGAAAGCCACGCGAUGAUGGUGAUGGGACGGAGGGGAGAGGGCUACUUACUUCACACUCUCAGUUGCGAUCCAACCGAACACACAACAAUUCAAUGCGAACGAACACAUCAAACAACGAGAACCGGCGACGAUGCGAUGCAACCACUAUUGCAAGCCAAAUACUACGAUUACCGCAAAACGCUCACAAAGUCCUGCGUCGUCGCCUACAAGCACUCGUCAAAACUCGAACCGGCGACGAUGCAACCAGCAUUGCAAGCCAAAUACUACGUACGACCCACCGCAAAACGCUCACAAAGUCCUGCGUCGUCGCCUGGAAGCACUCGUCCAAAGCACUCGUUCGCAAGCACUCGUCAAACGCACUCGUUCGCAAGCACUCGUCAAACGCACUCGUUCGCAAGCACUCGUCAAACGCACUCGUUCGCAAGCACUCGUCAAAAGCACUCGUCAAAAGCACUCGUUCGCACCUCAUCGCAAGCCCUCAUACCCUCCGAUCCCCAUCCCUCGAUUCCUCAAAAAAAUCCCGCUCUCACGUCCGCUCAAACCGCCAUUCCCUUCCGGUCAACCAAAAAGCCUACGAAACUCGAAGAACGCAGCAAGCACGGCAGCCUGAAACAACUUCACGAACACCGAAAACAGUCACGUACAAGUCCGCGCAAACCACAUCAUCCUGACUCCGUUCAGCGACUUCGAAACGACAUUCAUCUACCCCAUAUCGGUCGACGGUCCUACCCCAUAUCGGUCACAAAGCCAUCGACCACCUUCCGCGUCCCCAGAACAAGCGACCGCCUGUCUCAUCAUCAUCACGCACGGAAGCCAUUAGUUUAG